GGGAGCAGCGAGGCUUGGGGACCGACCCUUUGCGCGCGAGCCCCCCAGCGGAGCGGGGGUCCUGGCCUGGACCGGUGCGAGCCCGGAGUGGGAGCGGAGAGGAGGGUCUUUUUCUUCUUACGCGCGCACGGUGCCCACUCCCAGAGGGAGGUCAGAGCGUCCAUGUGCUUAACGGGAAACAGGAAGGAGUGGCUCCGAGAGUCUGCCCCGGCCCCCCAAGGGAUGCUCCAGACCUUGUAUGAUUACUUCUGGUGGGAACGGUUGUGGCUGCCUGUGAACUUAACCUGGGCUGACCUAGAAGACCGAGAUGGACGUGUCUACGCCAAAGCCUCAGACCUCUACGUCACACUACCCUUGGCCUUGCUCUUCCUCAUCAUUCGAUACUUCUUUGAGCUUUACGUGGCCACACCACUGGCUGCCCUCCUGAAUGUCAAGGAGAAAACUCGGCUGCGGGCAUCUCCCAACCCCACCUUGGAGCACUUCUACCUGAACAACGGCAAGCAUCCCAAACAGGUGGAGGUAGAGCUGUUGUCCCGGCAGAGUGGGCUCUCCGGCCGCCAGGUGGAGCGCUGGUUCCGCCGCCGCCGCAACCAGGACCGGCCCAGUCUCCUCAAGAAGUUCCGAGAGGCCAGCUGGAGAUUCACAUUUUACCUGAUUGCUUUCAUUGCCGGCAUGGCUGUCAUUGUGGAUAAACCCUGGUUCUAUGACAUGAAGAAAGUUUGGGAGGGAUAUCCCAUACAGAGCACCAUUCCCUCUCAGUACUGGUACUACAUGAUUGAACUUUCUUUCUACUGGUCCCUGCUCUUCAGCAUCGCCUCUGAUGUCAAACGGAAGGAUUUCAAGGAGCAGAUCAUCCAUCACGUGGCCACCAUCAUUCUCAUCAGCUUCUCCUGGUUUGCCAACUACAUCCGGGCGGGGACUCUCAUCAUGGCUCUGCACGACUCCUCUGACUACCUGCUGGAGUCAGCCAAGAUGUUCAACUACGCGGGAUGGAAAAACACCUGCAACAACAUCUUCAUUGUCUUCGCCAUCGUCUUCAUCAUCACCCGACUGGUCAUCCUGCCCUUCUGGAUCCUGCACUGCACCGUGGUAUACCCGCUGGAGCUCUAUCCCGCCUUCUUCGGCUAUUACUUCUUCAAUUCUAUGAUGGGCGUGCUACAAAUGCUGCAUAUCUUCUGGGCCUACCUCAUUUUGCGGAUGGCCCACAAGUUCAUAACUGGAAAGGUAGAAGAUGAACGCAGUGACCGGGAAGAAACGGAGAGCUCCGAGGGGGAGGAGGCAGCGGCUGGGGGAGCCAAGAGCCGGCCCCUAGCCAACGGCCACCCCAUCCUCAACAACCAUCGUAAGAAUGACUGAACCAUUGUCCCUGCCGCCUCAGAUUAAUGCGUAAAGCCAAGGAACCACCCCACCCUCCCCACAGGGUCACUUUAAGCUCUGGAGAGAAAGGCAAAAGCCGGAGGAAAGGCUUCUUCUCUGUGCCCCACCCCUUGCUUGUCACUCAGUUGCCUUUAAACCAAAUCCUAACCAGCCUGUCCCCAGGUCUCUACCUGGGGAGGCUGGUUAUGUCCUUUGUCAGGGGUGGGCGGAGGGUGGUCUCAUUUCCCACGUUGCCCUUUCUAUUGCUUUCAGGACCCUUCCUCAGCUCUGGGGGUGGGGGCUGCAACUCACAUUCCUUAUCCUUCAGAAGUUGGCCAUUUGCCUUUGACCCCCUGAACUCCACAGCCAGGGUCGUGCCUUACUGUCCCAUCUGUGGGCCUCAUUCUGCCAAAGCUGGACCAGGGCUCACCUUUCUAAGCUCCCUCACUUGGACCAGAAACCAAAGCUGAGACGUUAACUGUUUCUCUCCUAAGAUGCAAAUGAAUUGAGUGGAGGAGGGUGCACAUGACCCUUCCCCUACCUCUGCCAAAAAGUGGGGGCCAUACCGGGGACUGCUCAGUCUGUGUAACUACUUCUCUGCCAGCUGUCCCUGUAGUCACAGGUCCAGGAUCUUACUGCCUCCUUUCUCUGGCCUCUUCCCCUAGGCUAGCUGGUUUGGAGUAGAAUGGCAACUAGUUCUAAUUUUUUUUUAUUUAUUAAACAUUUGGGGUUUUGGUUUUAAAGCCAGAAUUACAGCUAGCACCUGGCAUUUUAGCAGAGGGACCACAUCAGACCAAAAUGUACUGUUAAUGGUUUUUUUAAUUAAAAUAUAUUAAAGAUUAAGUAAAACAUG